CCAGGGAGGCUAGCGGAGCGCAGAGGAGGAGCGGCGCUCAGAUGGAAAUGGCUCUCUCCAGGGGUUUGAGAUGCUGUCAGAGGGUUUUCUCCUGGAUCCCUGUCCUCAUUAUCACCGCCGUUGUGCUCUGGUCUUAUUAUGCUUACGUGUUUGAGCUGUGUCUUUUUACUAUCAGUAACGCGCUGGAGAAAGCGGUCUAUCUGCUGGUAUUUCAUGUCUGCUUUGGGAUGUUCUCCUGGACAUACUGGAAGUCCAUAUUCACCCCUCCUGCUACACCAUGCAAAAAGUUCCAGCUGUCAUACUCAGACAAGCAACGAUACGAGAUGGAGGAGAGACCAGACGCUCAGAAGCAAAUCCUCGUCGAGAUCGCAAAGAAACUACCCAUUUUCACCCGAACCCAGUCUGGAGCUAUCAGGUUCUGUGACCGCUGCCAGGUACUGAAGCCUGACCGCUGUCACCACUGCUCCGUUUGUGAAACUUGUGUCUUAAAGAUGGACCAUCACUGUCCCUGGGUUAACAACUGUGUCGGUUUUUCCAACUACAAAUUUUUCCUACUUUUCCUUGCCUACUCUAUGCUGUACUGUGUAUUCAUCACAGCAACUGUCCUUCAGUAUUUUCUCAAAUUCUGGGUGGGGGACCUGCCAAAUGGACCUGCAAAGUUCCAUAUCCUCUUCCUCAUGUUUGUUGCACUCAUGUUCUUUGUCAGUCUCAUGUUUCUCUUCAGUUACCACUGUUGGUUAGUGGCCAAGAACAGAUCCACUUUAGAGGCCUUCUCAGCUCCAGUAUUUGCCAGUGGACCUGACAGAAACGGGUUCAGUCUUGGCCUACACAAAAACCUGCUGCAAGUGUUUGGAGAAGACCGCAAACUGUGGUUCAUCCCUGUUUUCACAAGCCAAGGGAAUGGUCACUACUUUCCUCUAAGGAGUCAGAGCUCUGAAUCCCAUAACCCCUUGUUAGCUAACGAGGACAUGUGGGAUGAGUCAGAUGAUGGUUCAGAAGGAAGUUUGGUUGAGGACGCAGACCCCUCUGUUACUAUCGAGAUGGACGACUAACCUGCACAUGCACAGAUAAUACUUACUUUUAUCAAACACUUUGUUAUGAUGUGUUUGCAUUCCAAAUAAUAUGGAAGUUGGGGAAAUGCUGGAGAUGGUGAGUGGGAGACGGUCUGCAUUACGAUUUUUUUGGGUUUUUUUUUGCCAAUUUUCAAUUAAGUUUCACAUGAUGAGGAAAGAUAACUUAGAUGGCUGACAAGUUGCAGUACCAAUAAUGGUUUAUUUAAGAAGAAAACCUAUUACCUCAGUAAAAAGGAUGUUAUUUAUUAUUGGUUUGUUGGUGAUGCUGUGUGGUACAGUGCUAUUUUACAUGCCUCUGUUUCACAGCUGGGCUGCGUUUACAGUGUUGCACCUUAACAAUCCUUCUCAGCAGGAGGGGAGGUAUUAAAAUCCACCCUGAGGCCUGCGGAGGUCUAGCGUAGGGACCCAGCUGGCCAAUCAGUUUGACGUUUCCCCCAGUGUAACGUAGGUUUUAAUUUUACUCUAACAAAAGGUUAUAAGCAUAUUAGAAGAUCUGACUUGACCUGCGCCUUACAUAAGUAUUCCUGUGUGCUUUGGAGAAAUUUCUCCUGAGAAUGUAUCAUCGCAUCACCCUUUCCAGGCAAGCUGUGGAGUUUUUGAAAAAAAAAAAAGCGGUUUUCCAGUGAAGUCAACAAUGUUAUCUGAUUGGACAUAUCACAGCAAACAGAAAAACUAUAAGCAAGCACUGAUUAAGCUUUUUACAGCAUAGCUUCAUUGCAGGCCGAACAUAUUGUUUCUUCUUUUUGAAGGAAGUAAUAUUCUGAAUAUCUUGUAUAUCAUGACUUAGAUGCUGUUUGCUGAACUCUGGCGUGCGCUCAUUGGACAUGAGCACACGCUAUCCAUCAUACCAGCUAUCCUCAUUCAUUAUUGUACAUAUUUAUUAAACCAGUUCUCGUCAACUUACUGAUGGAGAAGGGUGAUAUUCUGCAUUGUUUUAAUCUUUGUAAAAUUUUAAUAAUUUAGAAAAACAUUGCUGGAUCUCCUGUAUAACUCUUAAUUUCUGUACUUAAACCUUACUUAUAAGCCUAAAAAUAAGAGCUUGGCCUUUAAUAAGCUUUGAUGCUGUUCCAUCUGGACACUUUAAAAUGCUUCCCAGCUGUUUAAACCCAUAUCCAAUGCUGCUCCAGUGACAAAUACUUAUCUUGAUUUUUUUUUUAAACCAUGUUCAAAGUGUGUAUAAAGCAUAAUGAAAUAUUGAUGAAGUUGAUGUCAAGUGUAUCAUAGUCUUGUCUAUUUAUUGUUACAUUCCUUUUUUCCUGUAUGUUUGUUCAUUGAUUUAUACCUGCUGCAGGCAGUGUCUGUAUAUUUUGAUCCUUUUGUGACAAACUUUAAAGUGGUGUGCUUUUCUUAAACCAUGAUGUAUAAAAUCCAUGAGAUUAUUUGCAGCUAAGAGAUGAAUUUAAACGUGGUUCCUUUUUCUUUAACUGUUUCGAGUAUGGUGAAUGGUGCUUCCACAUUUUUUUUUAAACCAUUACCAACGUACAAAGAAAAACCCACCUCAAUCCACUUUCAUGUACUGUUCUGUCUGUAAACAAAUAUAAAUUCUUUAUUGAUUCAUCUCUUCAUACAAUGCAAAAUAAAAUGAUCCAUGUUUUAA